AUGUCUGUCAAUAUUGGAUCUUCCGCACAGUUCAGCAAGCUCCUGACCACUUCUACUAUCGUCGUCGCAGACUUCUACGCAGACUGGUGCGGACCAUGUAAAGCUAUUGCACCUACAUACGAAUCUCUUGCCACGAAACACUCCAAGCCAAACCGAGUUACAUUUACAAAGGUCAAUGUCGAUAACCAGCAGGCAAUCUCACAACAAUAUGGAGUCAGAGCCAUGCCAACAUUCAUGAUCUUUCGCUCUGGUUCGGUCAUCAAUACUAUUCGAGGUGCAGAUGUUCGAGGACUUACGACUGCUAUUGAAUCUGCUGUCAAGCUCGCAGGCGCUGGAGCUCCAGCAUACUCAUCAGUUGGGCGAACACUCGGCGGGCCGCCAGCACGCGGCACAUCGGUCUCGAGACCUUUUAACUUCAAGAAGUUGAUCGACACCAUCAUUGCAUUCCUUGGUCUAUACUUCAUUAGCUUGUUCUCGUUCGAUGCUUAUGCUGCGGCGGAGAACAGCCCUUUCAAUGUCAACAGACCUGCUCAACCUCGAGUCACACCAGGAACCAAGCUCAGAGAGAAGAUGCCAGCCCCUCAGACAGGGAAGAAGCUCGGGACAAUUGCUGAUCUUGGUGGGGACUAG